AUGAACCUUAAUCAAGUAAAUAGCACUAUCUUAAUCAGUAUCUAUCUAUCUAUCUAUCUAUCUAUCUAUCUAUCUAUCUAUCUAUCUAUCUAUCAAUUCCUUCUACCUACAUAUCUAUCCCUCCCACCCUAUAUAUCUAUCUAUCUAUCUAUCUAUCUAUCUAUCUAUCUAUCUAUCAAUUCCUUCUACCUAAUAUCUAUCCCUCCCACCCUAUAUAUCUAUCUAUCUAUCUAUCUAUCUAUCUAUCUAUCUAUCUAUCUAUCUAUCUAUCUCAUUCUAUUCUUAUCUGUCUCUAUUCGUAUCUAUCUAUCACAUUCUAUUCUUAUCUAUCUGUCCAUCUAUUCAUCCAUCAAUCCUUCUACCUCCAUCCAUCUAUCAAUUCCUUCUAUCUAUCUAUCUAUCUAUCUAUCUAUCUAUCUAUCUCAUUCUAUUCUUAUCUGUCUCUAUUCGUAUCUAUCUAUCACAUUCUAUUCUUAUCUAUCUGUCUCUAUUCGUAUCUAUCAAUUCCUUCUACCUAAAUAUCUAUCUAUCAAUUCCUUCUAUCUAUCUAUCUAUCUAUCUAUCUAUCUAUCUAUCUAUCUAUCAAUUCCCUUCUACCAAACAUCCUAUCUAUCUAUCUAUCUAUCUAUCUAUCUAUCAAUUCCUUCUACCUAA